CCUGUCAAUCACAAUUAAGGAACCAUGGGAGUAAACUGGUAAGGAAACUCGGCGGAACCACUGUGUUCACGGUGAAGAUUGUUUUAAUUUGCGCAGAAACGACAACUAUGCACCGGUACACUGUGGGACAUUUAUAUCUGAUCUCGCCAACUGGGAAUCGCUCCACUUUGACGGGAAUUAGCAUGAGGCGUUACAUAUAACAACAAAACUUAGCGACUUUCAGUUGCCUGCGCCUAUUUUUUUGCCCCCACAGCUUUUCAGUUUGAACAUAAUACACAAGUCACCGUUGAUAUUUGUACAAAAGGCGGUACCGCGGAGGUUUAUAUUAACUCCAAGCUCAGGAUAUACCCGUUUAUUUGACUACAACUCGUGGAAAAUCUGGUCUGUGCAUUUCAGAGAACCGCCUGGUCGGUGAGUCGACUUUCGAAGAAGGAGUGACGGUAACAAGAAGACACUCCCAAAAACAAACGAAGCCACAGUAAUCUCCGCUCCAACUCCCAGGGAGAGCAAGAAAGGAGCAGAUAUGAGUGGGGGAGAUGUGGUGUGCUCAGGGUGGCUGAGAAAGUCUCCUCCUGAAAAAAAGUUGAGACGUUACGCAUGGAAGAAGCGGUGGUUUGUUCUUCGCAGUGGCCGUCUGACAGGCGACCCAGACGUGUUGGAGUACUACAAGAAUGACCAUGCCAAGAAGCCCAUCCGCGUGAUUGAUCUCAACUUGUGUGAGCAGGUGGACGCUGGGCUGACAUUCAACAAGAAGGACUUGGAGCACAGCUUCAUAUUUGACAUCAAGACCAUUGACCGUGUCUUUUACCUGGUGGCUGACACCGAAGAAGAGAUGAAUAAGUGGGUUCGCUGUAUCUGCGACAUCUGUGGUUUUAACCCCACUGAUGACGAAGCUGCAAAAGCUGCUCACCAGUCAGCGAUCGGAGGCCUGGUGGUGGACACCCCUCCCCAUGCAGCUCUGGGUAAUAUUGUCGGUCCAGCAGCAGUGCUGUCCAGCGUGCCCCCUCCAUACCAGCCAGUCAGUGUGCGACACCUGGACUCUCAGUCCAGUACAGAGGAGCCCCAGGAUUACCUGUGGCUGGUCAACUGUGAGAGCAAGAAGCCUGAGCCCAACAGAGCCCAUGCUGAGUGUUCCAAGUCUACCUCUUCAGAGACAGACCUAAAUGACAACCUCCCCUCUCACCGAACGCCCACAUCCUCCACCUCCUCAGCGAAACACACCUCGCACAACGGCUUCUUCCCACAGCACCCGGCCCCUGCCUCCGCCUCUUCCAUCUACGACUCGCCUCCAUCACGCGGUGCCUCGCUCUCAACCGACGGUGGCCUUUACCACCUCCCUCGCAGCUACUCCCAGGACACUGUGCUGCUCCCAAAGUCAGCCUCCUCCCCGUCGGCCCAUCCGGACAGCGUGGAAGGCUCUGAGCUUUAUGUCUUCAACACGCCGUCACGGAAGCCUUCAAUGGAGUCACAGAUGCGCAACCUUUCCAUCAGUUAUGAUAUCCCACCUACGCCUGGCGCAAACUGUACCUACCAGGUGCCCCGCACUUUGUCAGCGUCGACGGGGGUAGGAGGCUCAGAGGGUGGGGGAGAUGUAGUACCCCCUCCCAGACCACCCAAGCCUUCGCUCAGUUCCACCUCAGGACCCCCACCACCCCCUGCUGAGCGCUCACCUACGGACACCUAUUGUGUGCCUCGCUCAGCAUCAGAGACAGACGGAAACUACUGUGUGCCUACUAGUGCUGGGAAUAAGGCUUUACGCAGUAACACUAUUGGCACUGUGGACUGUUCACGCCUCCGCAAAGAUUUUGGAUCCCAGGACUGCUAUGACAUUCCUAGAUCAUUCCCCUCGGAGAAAAGCUGCUCAUUUGACUUCAACGAAAGCUUCAACAGCUAUUUUAAAAACAAAGGAAUGAUGCCAGUGGGCAGCCAGUCCACAGAGGAGGUAGACCAGAACUAUGUACCUAUGAGUGCCAUCCCCGUCACACCAUCACUCAGGCAGUUUAUCGGAGCCAAUGCACAACCGAACUAUGUGCCCAUGACCCCAAGCACCAUGGAGUUUUCCUCCCUUGGAAAGCAGGUCCCCCCACCUGCCCACAUGGGCUUCCGCUCCAGUCCUAAGACCCCUCCUCGCAGACCAAUGCUCAGUGACUGUCAGCCCCCGCCUGUGGACCGAAAUCUCAAACCUGACCGCAAAGGUCAGAGUCCUAAAAUAAUAAGAGCAAAAGGUGUCGGUUUAGAGCGAACCGACUCUCAAACCGUAGGUGAAUUCCCAAGGGGACGACGCAAGGGAAGACCCGCUCCACUGGAGAUAAAACCACUGCCAGAAUGGGAAGAGCCCUGCACGCCUGUCCGCUCGCCUGUCACACGGUCGUUUGCUCGGGAUCUCUCUAGGUUUCCAAUGCCAACAAGACCCCCUUCAGUGCAUAGUACGGCCUCCAGCACUGACUCCGAGGACUGUGAUGAGAAUUAUGUAGCCAUGGUCUCUAAUAUGUCCACAGAUGAACCAAACAUGAAGCUCGGUGCCCCCAUGACUGCGGAUGGUGGGAGCAGCCCUAUGGUGAAGCCGAAGGGAGACAAACAGGUGGAGUACCUGGAUUUGGAUCUUGACCCUGGCAAGUCUACCCCACCUAGGAAGAUGAAAAGCAAUGGAACUGGCAUGGCAGUGUCAGAUGAACGUGUUGACUACGUGGUUGUGGACCAGCAACGAACACAGGCCCUCAAGAGCACCCGGGAAGCCUGGAACGAUGGCCGCCAAUCCACAGAGACGGACACCCCUUCCAAAGGACCCAAAUGACCCUGUCGUCCCAACCGCCAACCCACCCUCCAAACCCCCUGAACCGUUGGGCCUUUUACACAAGUGUAGGCUCUGGUUUCUGCUUUGGGAUGGUCCAGCUGUCAUGUUCCACCUCAGCAAGAUCCUUUAUGUGUAGGGGCCGGCGGAGCUUCAUAGCCACUCAACUGUGUUUAGUUUACACUGCUGUCAGGCCUAGGACAGCACUGUGUGUUCAGUUGUAGGAAGGGGUGUGAGCCAGGAAUAAGCUGUAUGCAGUAUGAAAGCAGGUGGAAUGACUGGACUUGUCUUUGGGGUUUGACAAAAGCAGACUCACGAACUUUGAACAUUCACUGCCUCCUAUAUUGAGUUUUUUGUUCUGUUCACUUUUCAACGGCCGGUGGCUUGAUCCACAGUUAACAUUUCCUUAAAUUAUAAUGCUGUUUGAUGUUGUUUUGGAGUGUAAGUGAAAUCACUUGAUAACAUGAUCACAGUGCUUUAUCAGUGCAACACUCUACUACUUAGCACAGCUGGUUAACAGUGUUGAUUUUUCAGUUUCUCCCAUUUGAGUGGAGGGUAGUUUCCAUGGGCACUGGGCACAGGUCAGUUUCUCAAUUUCUUUACUACGGUAGUUUCAGGGAUCCCACAGUCAUGGAAAAAUUGGAAAAGUUAUAGAAUUUCACAAUCUUGUCUUCCAGGUCUGGAAAAGUCACAGAAUAAGAAAAAAGUCAUUGAAAGAUUUGGAAAAGUCAUGGAAUUGUGUUGUGUGCAAGGACAUAAAUUGUUACAGUUAUCCUGCAGGGAUAUUCUUCCAUAUGAUAUAA